AUGUUUGGGGGAUUCACCGACCUAUGCAUCGGUGCUGUAGCACUUUCGUCCUUUCACUAUACCGUCAACGCUCAGCCAACAUACGACGCUAUUAUCGUUGGUAGUGGUCCCGGUGGUCUUGUUGCAGCUGAGUUCUUGUCGCGCGACCCUUCAGUCUCCGUGCUGAUCAUCGAGGCUGGACCUUUGUCUCUUCAAGCUACCGGGGGCACGUUGAUUCCGGAUUAUUCUCGAAGUCUUGGCCUGACGAUCUUUGACAUUCCAGGAGAAUAUGAAAAUAUCGCUUUUCGCUCCCAAUUUACACAAUUUCGUGUGGAAUGGAUCUCAAGUCCGGGUACAUGGCUGGGCAAACUUGUUGGUGGGAGCUCGUCAUUAAAUGGUGCAAUCUAUACUCGCCCUCCAAAUGACUACGUGACGAAGACGCAGUGGCCUUUCACGGUGGAUUCCAUGAACAUAAAGAUGGAUGAAAACGAGAGAAUCCAUAGUGCUACUGAUAAACCCUCGACAGACGGCAAUUGGUACCUGCAAGAAGGCUACAAGGUUGUCUCCCGGGCACUUCUUGCUCAAAGCUAUUCUGAAAUGACGCUCAAUGAUGCUGCAGCUCGCAACAACAAAAGCAAAACGUUUGGUCACCCCCCUUUCACCAUCAAGAAUGGCCGUCGUGACUCUCCUGCCAACGAGCUGUGGAACAGAAUGAAGACGCGCGAAAAUGUCCGGCUUCUUACCAAUACCGUUGUUGACUAUGUGUUGCAUUCUGAGGGCAAGGCAACAGGAGUCAUGUACGGUGAUACUAUGGCUAGGCUCUCGUCGCGCGGUGCGAUCGUCAUGGCCGCCGGCGCACUGAGCACACCGAAGAUACUCAUUCAAAGUGGGAUCGGUCCUAUUGGCCAGCUGAACUUGCUGCAGGGCAACGCGAGCUUCCGCGGUAUAUCACAGGGGGAGUGGAUUGUUAACCCUCAAGUUGGUCGCAAUCUGUUCGACUCGAAUAUGGUCAUUGCUUCGUUUUCGCAUCCGGAGAUGAACAGCUUUCGCUUUGCCGAUUAUCCAUCGUGGGCACUUGACCAGUAUGUCAAUCAAAACGGCUCCGGUCCUUGGAGCAGUUCUGGCCCAGUCAUGAUCGCCUACGAGAAUUUCGAGGUGCAGGGCCGUCAGUAUGAAUUUCAAGCUACAGUCCUCCCCCAUGGGUUUGGCCAAUAUUCCAGCGGAAAUACUAAUUUGGCAUUGGCACUCUACCUAACCAACCCAGAAAUCCGUGCGGCUUGUGGCUUUACCAACACAGGAAUUUGGCAAGCGUCUCAGGAAGCCAACGUGUACACUGGUACGGCUCGCGACGUGGCUGCGUUGCAGCAGUACGCUCAACGCGUCGUCAACUACAUGACGUCCGGGGGUGCCACCUUUCUUUCAGGUGCUUCGGAUCCGAAUGGAGUAGCAAACUGGGUAUUGUCACAACUUGGCGGCGCAACGCAGCACUUUGGUGGAAGCUGUUACGCAUCGACUGAUGCCUCCGCGGAAUCUAAGCGAUGUGCUGACGAAAAGCUGCGCGUCUUAGGUACGAGCAACAUCUUUAUUGCCGACGCCAGUGCAAUGCGCGAAGGGACUGUAAACCCGUAUGCCUUUGUCAUGUAUAUCGGUCGCGAGGCGGCUGACCAGGUUGCGAGCUACAUUUCAAGUAGUGGUGACUCUGCGACACCAACUAGACCGUGCAGCCCAAUCGAGGAAAACGUCGACUACUAUGGCAAUGACGUUGGCAACGCCCAAAGCACCACGGCCGAAUCCUGCUGCGCCAUAUGUCAAAACACAAACGGCUGCACGGUUUACACGUGGACAAACUACAACGGAGGCACUUGUUGGCUCAAAAGCACGAAGGGUCCUGCAUCAACGAGUCAGGGUGCUCGUUCGGCGCAGAAGACAUCUGAGCGAUCUUUGAGCAUAUAUUUGGGUCUAUACCAAUUGAUAACUAUGGACUCGUCACACACCUUUGUGGGCGACUUCGGUCUUAACAUGAACGGAGGUGACAAUAGAUUUAUGAAUCAAUUCAGCUUGGGUAGCGGCGGGAACGUUAUGGAUUUGUCUGGUGGUCUAGACUUUAGCAGCGGUGUAAACUUUAUGACAGAUUCAUCCAUGAUGCUUGGCGGGAGCUCGUCUGCAUCUACAGCGGGACUCAUUGAUUUUCCGGAUGAGCUGAAUUCGCCCACAACUUUAAGCAGCGGCUCUAGUAGCAGUAGCGCGCUCAUGGAUAUAUCUACAUCCGCCCCAACGGCGCCAAUUACGUCGACAGCUGACGCUAUCCCCUUUCCAGCAUUAUUAGCGCCCGAAUCAUUAUCGACGUCGUCUUCAAUGAUAAGUGCCCACGAAGUGACAAAAUUUAGCUCAACUACAACCAGCAGCGCGAUGGAGAUAAACUCAAGUGGAAUGAUUUUCGAACUGGGCAAUAUGGGUAUGAGCAAUGUGGGUAUGGAUGAUGUAGGUAUGAACACAAUGAGUAUGAAUAUGGGUAUGAAUAGCAUCGGUUUGGGGGUGAACGGGAAUGAUUUUGGCAUGAAUGACGCGACUAACAUCAUGUUUCAUAAUAACAUGCAGACCAUGAACAUGAUGAAUGCCCAAACAAACUACUUUAUGCCUCAGCAGCAGCAACAGCUGCAACAGCAACAUUACAUGCAGAGGAUGCAUCAGCAACAUCAGCUUCAGAUGCAACGCCAGCAGCAGCAGAAAGCGCUGUUAGAGCGCCAGCGAAUACAGCAACAAGCUUUAAAAAGCUGCAAUAAUCAGCAGACAAAACAGUUGCAACAGGUGGCACAGCAGAAGCAGCAUCAGAUUUUUACAGGAGGACAUAUACCGCUGCAAAUGGCUGCACAAAGCCAGUUGAGCGAGAGCAAUCCAGGUGUUGACCAUGCUAACGCAGCACGGUCGCAGCCACAAGGUCUGAUUAAAAACAAUGGAACGCCCCCUAUUGCAAUACGGUCAACAUGGCAAUCGUCAGCAGAUCAAGCGCUACGGAAGGAAAUGCUUAAUCAUAUCAUGCGGGUACUUCAGAACCAGCGGUCGAAUGCACCAGCUAACUGGCUUCAAAAACUACCGGAGAUGGCGCAUCGUCUUGAAGACGAGUGCUACCGCGUCGCUGCUUCGCGAGAAGAGUAUUCAAAUACAAGCACACUUCAGUCGCGUCUACGCAAUAUUGUACGGAGUGCUCAGACACACCAGCGCAACGUUGGAGUUAAUGCAAUGCGACAAUCCGGAGCACCGAGGACGACUUCUUCUGUAAAUUCGCGGCCAGUGAACUCUGUAUCUGCUGCUUCACCUAUCCCGUUUCCCGGUGCACAGGCAGUAUCAUCGGCGUCGAAUGGGCUUGGCUUUGGCAUGCCAAACCUUGUCGCACAAGCGAUUCAGAUGCCUCCCGAAUUACAGGACCCGCCAUCCUUAGUCAGCCCUUCCGUGAAAGCAAAAGCGUCCCAAGCUCAUGCACUGAUGCAAUCUACACCGUCAGCAAUAAAUACUUCCUCGACCGAUCAAUUAAAUAUGAGCAGGAGUACUUUGCCUCUCCCCGGGCAGAAUGAUGUACAAACGGCACUAAAUGCAAGCGGUCACGUAUUUGCUAGUGCCGAAAAUCCAUCAUCCAACUCCCCUGCCUCCGUUGCUCGUCACAAGUCUGCCCAGAUCAUUUGGCAAUUCAAGGCCAAGGCCCAGCAAGUCACAUCAGCUCUCGACAAGAACCAGACAACCGAGUAUCACAACAAGCUGCGGCUCAUGGUUCGUGAUGAUAUCAAAAGUGCGGGCUCGAAGGAGGUGUUGCAACGGCAGCAGCAGCGUCUCCUUUUAUUGCGGCACGCCAUGUGGUGUAAGUCGCCAGAGGGCACGUGUUCGACUACGCCGAGCUGUGGUGAGAUGAAGAGAUUAUGGUCUCAUAUGAGUCUAUGUCGACAGACUAAUGCGUGUUCAUAUAAUCACUGCAUCUCAUCCAAGUACGUGUUGUCACACUUUCAGCAAUGUGCAAACCGAAAAUGUCUCGUGUGCCAGGUUGUGCGAUACCCCGUCGAAGUCAAGGAAAAAAGUGGGGCUUUAAUGCUAGACGCUGAUCGGGCAUUGCAGCAAAUUAUUGCUGCGAGCCAACGCCGGCAGCGAAUGCUUGCGAUGAAAAAGCAACAGGACAUCCAGCCACAGCAACAAUCGCAUCAGCAGAUGCCUCUGGCUAUGCCUGCCCAUUUGCAACAAGCUCAAAGUAAUGUUACUGUCUCUGCAGCUAACUUUCAGCAGCCACAUCAAAGUGUGGGGCAAAAUUCGGUGGGUAGUACGACACAUAUGGGUAUGGCGAUUUUGAGCGGAGGCAGAGGCAAUCAAUCUGUUCAUACAACAACAGCUCAACUGAGUAAUUCCGCGGGAAGCCCAAAUGGUCUGAUGAGUCAGCAAGCUAUAUUCAAGUCUGAGAGUGUUAGCACGUUUACAAAUCUUGCACCAGAUGACCAACAACAGUUUCAGCACAUUAGGCAGAAAUUGAGUGGACGCUCCUUAGAGCAAUUGACGGCGCAUUGUGUGAAGCUGGAAAAGUGGGUCGAAGAAAUUCGUGCUCGGAUGAACGCAAUAAUGAACGAGUGUCGACAGUUGUUACAUCUUUCAAACUCAACGCAAGAAGUGAUGCAGAAAUCGCGGUAUGAAGCGCUCGUUCAGGAAAAACGUGUGAUGCUUAAGCAAUUGGAUGUAAAAUUUAAGCAAUGUCGAAGCCAGCGGAAUAUUGUUAAGCACGUAAUUGAUGAGCGCAAUGCGACGUCAGCUCUGUCGACUUCAAAAAUUGCGAAUGAUGUGAUCAAUGCUUUAUCGACGCCAGUACAAAUACAACCGCAAAACUGUUACCAAAAGCCUAAUAUUGCAUCUGCUUCAACCGCAUCAUUGAAACCGUCCCCUGAUGACUUGCUGGGGAAAGAGGCUGACGUUUCCGCAAAAGCUGAGACCAGCCAUGCUGCUGCAGGAAAGCCGUUGGAAAUGCCAAUGGACCUACAAGACACUAGUGAAACGCCUGUUUCAGUAGCCGCGCCUUUGAUCUCGCUGACAGCUUCACAGCAACCAAUGAGUAUGCAAUCUAAUUCAGUUGUAGAUGGUAUCUGGCCUGCAUCAGCUACCAAUCCCAUUCAAAAACAGGAGUUUGGUCAGAAUCGGGAUCAAUCGGGCGACAAAAGUUCUAAGAGCGGAACGCCUGCACUUUCGUUAUCCGGAGCUACGGUGAAGGUCGAGCCUCUUGUGAAUGCAGAAGCUACAGAAACGUCUUCAAGUAAAUUUUCUGCGCUGGUUGUCAAGGAAGAAGGAGGUAUCAAUCCUUUGACAAUGAACAAUCCAACACUGAAUGCCAUGAUGUUUGAACAUCGUCGAAUGGAUGCUAGUACAAAUUUACCGCUACCGGCAGGUGCAGUUGGAACACCAAAAGCUCUUAUUGCGACCAGUGGCAUAAAUGCAAAGACUAACGCUGCAACGGCACCGACUCCGGCGCCACCUGCUUCCUCUGAAGUACCGAUGUCUGUUCUGAGCGAGUUAAGUAACGAGGAUCUUGCUUCUCAUGUCGACUCGUUGUUAAAGUACUAUAAUGCCACCGUAUCGGCAGCAAGUCUCAAGAAAAAACUGGAAGUGAUGCUAAAGGGUAUGAUGGAGCACAAAUUUGGCUGGGUAUUUAAUACUCCUGUGGAUCCCGUAGCAUUAAAUAUACCCAAUUAUUUCAAAAUUAUCCGCAAGCCGAUGGAUCUAGGUACAGUCAAGAGGAAACUAGAAGCAGGCGUCUACAAACACAUGGAGGAAUUCGCUUAUGAUGUGCGUACGACAUUUCAGAAUGCAAUGCAGUACAAUAGUGAAGAUCAGGAUGUUUACAGUCUUGCGAAGGACAUGCUGGCGGAUUUUAAUAAUGAAGUUCGCAAGGUGGCGGCGGAAAUUGAUGUGGGUGAAAAAGCUGCCCGUGCUAAGGAGAGCUCGUGUCGGCUGUGUGGUGUUGAGCGCAUGGUGUUUGAACCUGCUGUAUUGUACUGUAAUGGCGAGUGUAAUAGUCGCAUUCGACGGAAUUGCUACUAUUACACUUCUGCAGAUAACAAAUAUCACUGUUGUCAUCAAUGUCACGGCAAUUUGCCUGACGUCAUUAAACACAAUGAAGGGCGGCAGUACUUGAAAAAUGAGCUCGCACGUAAAAAGAACGAUGAAGUUCAUGAAGAACCAUGGGUCCAAUGUGACAAAUGUGAGCGGUGGGUUCACCAAAUCUGUGCUCUGUUUAAUGGCAAAGUAGACAGUGAAAAAAAGCCGCAGCUGGUAAAAAGUGAGAGCGGCCAACUGAGUGAUAGCGGCGAGGAUUCCUCGUCGCCUCCAUCGUCUACGACAAAGCCGACAACUGUCACGACAACAGUCGUAAAAUGCUCUUCGUCGACGGAAUCAAAGAGUACAAUUCACUCUAUAACAACUUCUCCCGGCAGUGAAUUCUUAUGUCCUGAGUGUUUGCUUGAUUCUCGUGAGAAGGAACCGCAAAAGUAUAAGAUUGGUCGUCACGCAUUCAGUGCUAAAGAUUUACAGCGCACUAAGCUUUCGGAUUUUCUGGAGCGUCGGUUAAGCAAGGCGUUGCAUGCAGAGCGCGAAGAUGAGGCCAAGUGGACGCGACGGGAUAUCAAGGAUGUUGAAACUGCCGAUGGUCUUACUGUGCGGUUGGUCUCCAACAUUGAAAAGCAAUUGAUGGAGAUCGACGGUGUGUCAGUCUUACUUUUUGGUAUGUACGUGCACGAGUUUGAUGAACAAGAAGCAGACUGCAACUCGCGCCGCGUAUAUAUUUCGUAUUUGGACUCCGUUAAUUAUUUCAACCCGCCUCAUCUCCGCACCAAAGUGUACCAUGAACUACUCAUUGCGUACUUUGACUUCGUCAAGCUGCGUGGCUUUCAUACGGCGCAUCUGUGGGCUUGCCCACCCUUAAAGGGGGAUGAUUAUAUACUAUAUUGCCAUCCUGAAUCCCAAAAGACGCCCAAAUCAGACCGUUUGCGCGCCUGGUAUGUAGACAUGCUGGUCAAAGCGGAAAGGGAGGGCGUCGUGUGGCAAAUCACAAACAUGUACGAUGACUAUUGGCGCAACGAUAAUACGCCAUGUGUGCUGCCGUACUUCGAAGGUGACUAUUGGGUUGGUUUGGCGGAAGAUUUGAUUGAGAAACUUGACGCUGAGAAACCGAAGAAAGUGGCAACUAAACGUGGCGUGAAAUCGAACAAGCGCAAAAAUUUCGACACAAAGAAAGCGGCAAGCAAAAAGACAAAAUCAAAAAAGCUGAAGCGUCGGAAAAUAACUUCCGGUGGAGAUGUGUCAGGUGAUGAGGAGGAGGACGAAGACGGACAUGAUGGCAGUCGCGCGCUAACUACUAAGUCACUGGAUGUGCCAGACCGAAGGCUGUCGGACCCGUUGAUGAUAAAGCUUGGCGAGGUGAUUGAGCCUAUGAAGGAUGACUUCCUGGUGGUCAAAUUGAUCCCAUGUUGCCGUGUGUGCAAUUUAUCAGUGGUUCAGGGUGUAUUAUGGCGCGAUUAUAGUGUCAAAACAGAGCACGGUUUGAACCCGAAGGUAGUGCAAACUGCGCUAUGUGAUGGAUGUUACCAAAAGUUGAGGGUCGUGUCUGCCGCUGGGUCUUCCGCGGCUCAUAGCAGGCUCGUGGCGCGCUUGAACGCCCUGACGAAAGAGACUAUUGCAUUACCAGACCGCUGUACAGACCCAGAUGAGAUAAAUGACAGCGAGUUUUUCGACACGCGCCAAGCAUUUUUGAGUCUGUGCCAAGGGAAUCAUUAUCAAUUUGACGAGCUGCGACGCGCCAAGCAUUCUUCCAUGAUGGCGCUGUAUCACUUGGGUAAUCCAAACCCGAAUGCUUACGUUUACGAGUGUAAUGCAUGCACACGCGACAUCGUGGCAGGCAACCGUUGGCAUUGUCACACGUGUCCUGACUUUGACGUGUGCGAUUCUUGCUACGCGAAGGAGAAGCAUGAACACUCUUUAGAAAUGGUGCCGACAGGCGGAGGAGCUGUAGCUGGUGCCGGUGUUGUUGUUGGAUCUGGAGGCGCCGUCAGCACUGGAGCACCGAAUCAGGAGCAGCGCCGUCUUCGCGAACAACGCGCUAAGAAUGUUCGGCUUCAUAUGCAGCUGCUGGUUCACUCAAGUUCAUGUGCUGAUGGCAAUUGCGGCUCUUCAAAUUGCGAGAAGAUGAAGGAGCUGAUGCGUCACGGAGCGCAGUGUAAACAACGGGCAUACGGUGGUUGCACCAUCUGUAGACGCGUGUGGGCGUUGCUGCAACUUCACGCCCGCCAAUGUCGUCAAUAUGAAUGCAAAGUGCCGAGAUGCCAUGACCUGCGUGAGCACGUCCGCAAAUUGCAACUACAGCAACAACUGAUGGAUGACCGUCGCCGUGCAGCUGUCACACAGCAAUAUCGACAGAUGCAGAACGAGCGCCAACAGGAGCAGCAAAAUCAAGCUCAGGGCGAUGAGCUGAUGCCAGAGGCAUGA